AGAUCUCGCGACAAACUAACUACGAAUCCCGUGGAGCAUUGCGCGGUCCCCAGUAACACGCGGAUCCCCUCGAUCUCUGCUCUAAGGUCUUUGAAUGACAGGACGGGCGUUCUAUGCACUUAUGGCUCAUACAACUGCAGAAAACACUUUGGACUGGAUCACACAUCUUCAAUUUGAAUGUGCUGGAUUAAUGUUUGAGCUACUCUAGUUGGAGGUAUGUGUUGGCUGUGGUCAAACAUCUCAGGGAGGAGGAGAUGCAUCGUGUUCUGUCCCAGGGUGCAUUGCGGCAGAUGGCCUACGUGCGGUCCAUGGUCAUGGGCCUGUCAGUGUGUGAGGCUCGCCUGGCCGAGUCGCUGUGUGUUGUAGCCCGCCUGCCCCCCAGGCCAGGCCAGCGCUGGGUCAGUAGCUCAGCCGUUAACAGGGCAGUAGACCGGCCCAAGCUCCAACCAGAGGACCAGGACCCACCCAGCCAUCCCCCCAGCCUGGCUGGAACAGAGCCUCUCUAUGGAGCAGACUCCUCCAAGCUGCCUGUGGAGGCCCUACCGCAGGCCCCAGAGAUAGACCCUCUGCAGGACAAGUCCAUUGGUCUGGUCCAGAGGUUCAAGAAGACAUUUAAGCAGUAUGGGAAGGUGAUGAUACCUGUCCAUCUCCUGACCUCCAGCGUCUGGUUCGGGACCUUCUACUAUGCUGCUAUGCAGGGAGUGAAUGUGGUGCCUUUUCUGGAGUUCAUUGGUUUACCAGAGAAGAUUGUUGGUCUGCUGAAUCACUCCUCUGGUGGCUAUGCCCUCACUGCCUAUGCCAUGUUCAAAAUUGCAACCCCUGCCAGAUACACUGUGACUCUGGGUGGGACGUCCUUCUCAGUGCAGUACCUCCGUAAACACGGCUACUUCUCCACCCCUCCGCCCGUCAAAGACUACCUGCAGGACCGGAUGGAAGAGACCCGGGAGAAACUCACAGAGAAGAUGGAGGAAACUAAGGAACUGUUCUCUGAAAAAAUGGAGGAAACCAAAGAACUACUCUCAGGGAAAAUGGAAGAUACGAAAGAGCGUUUCUCUGGAAAGAUGGAAGAGACGAAAGAACGUUUCUCUGGAAAGAUGGAAGAGACAAAGGAACGUUUCUCUGGAAAGAUGGAAGAGACGAAAGAACGUUUCUCUGGAAAGAUGGAAGAGACAAAGGAACGUUUCUCUGGAAAGAUGGAAGAGACGAAAGAUCGUUUCUCUGGAAAGAUGGAAGAGACGAAAGAACGUUUCUCUGGAAAGAUGGGGGAAACGAAAGACAUGUUCUCUGAUAAACAACAGGAAACCAAAGACAAAGUGACUUACCGAAAGAAGAUAGAUUAGCAUUGUUUACAAGUGGUUGUGAAUAAACACGUUUGGUGUCUUCAAUGUGGUUGGUGUCAAAGACAGAAUUAAGGCACUUAUUAUGAACCUACUGUAGAGAGAUGAAUGAGUCCAGACAUUUCACAGUACUUCUGCCAUCCUGACUACACUAGCUAGUACCAUUAUACCUGCUAUAGUGGCUUGCGAAAGUAUUCACCCCCCUUGGCAUUUUUCCUAUUGUGUUGCGUUACAACCUGGAAUUA